GGUUUCGUAAUUUUCCAACUAAAAAAAGCUACAUAUAGCCGCAACACACACCAAACUCGCGAGUUAGGAAUUAUAAUCAUUCAAAAAUUGAACUCGCUAAAACAUCAUAUUAAUGGGUAACUGCUCUUCGUUCGAUUCGUCGCAGGUCGAAACAGCUAAGGUUGUCGCACACGACGGUACCAUGAAGGAAUUCUCGUACGCGGUUAAGGUUUCUUAUCUUUUACAAUUAUACCCCGGGUGUUUCAUAUGCGAUUCUGAUGAGAUGGGGUUCGACGACGUCGUUGUAGCCAUGCAUGAAGAUGAGGUUUUGAUACUUGGACAGCUUUAUUUCGCUUUGCCGUUGAACCGGUUGAAAAAGCCGUUACCGAUGAGGGAAAUGGCCGCGCUGGCCGUGAAGGCUAGCUCCGCGCUUAAUAAAUGUGGUGCCGGAGAGAAAGUUGGGUUUCGACGGAAACGGAUUCUGGUGUUCUCCGGUGAAGGGAACGGGAAGUCCGGUCGGCGAGUGUCGCCGGAUAUUUCUGUUAGUGUUGGUAGGUCGAGGAGCGGGAGAAAUUUCGGUGGUGGCAGAGGGAAGUUUGUGGCGGAGUUGAGUUGCAUACCGGAGUAGGGGUAGUUUCGGAAGAAAAGAUUUAAUCGUGUUGUAUAUAUUCAUAAAAAGAAAAAAAAUUAAUUUGUGAGAUUGUAGAGAUUUUUCUUUAACAUAGAUGAGAUUAAAUUAGUUGAAUCAGAUCCACUUAUUUCA